AAUUUCAUUUUUGGGUGAACUAACCCUUUAACGAUCCGCGCCAGUGCCGAAACAAACGAUCCAGGAGUGAAAACGCAAGUGGAUUCGAUUUAGAUUUAGAUAUACUUAAAAAUCGGGCAGUUGACAACAGCAUUAAUUAAAAAAAAAAAAAAAAAAAAACGAAAAUGUUUAUGUGGUUACAACUGGCAAAAUCGGGCAGUUUCAGAAACGAGCUUUUUUUUUUUAACAUUCUGCGGUUUAUAUUUGAUCUCGAUGUGAUUAUAAACGCGUCUGAAUCUGAACAGCAGAAAGAUUCGAACCUGUGACGCCAGUUGAAUCUUACGCCCCCUCCUCCCUCUCCCUCUCCCUCUCUCUCUCUCUCCCCCUCUCGCUCUCUCAGUCCGUCUCUGGUUCAUUAGAGAUCAUGUCAGGAUGGGAGGAUGAAGAUGAUGAUGGCUCUCUGGGUUUCUCUCAGCGUCUCUUCUUCAUCAUCAUCACUGAAGACUGAAAGAGGAUGAAGAACGAAUGAAUGAAUGAACGCGCUGUCUGGCUCAGAACCUUCCAGAAGUCCAGAUGGAGCAGGAUGUCGAGAGCACGGUCACGGUCCGACAGCCCAAGCAGCCGCGGGACUACGUCCCCAAACCGCUGCAGGACAGGGAGCGCGCCAAGCAAAAGAUCCAGCGCUACGUCCGCAAAGAUGGCAAAUGCAACGUGCACCACGGAAACGUGCGGGAGACCUACCGUUACCUGACGGACAUCUUCACCACGCUGGUGGACCUCAAGUGGAGGUUCAACCUGUUCAUCUUCGUUCUGGUUUACACCGUGACGUGGCUGUUCUUUGGCUUCAUGUGGUGGCUGAUCGCGUACGUACGAGGAGAUCUGGAGCACAUAGGCGACAGCCAGUGGACUCCUUGCGUCAAUAACCUCAACGGCUUUGUCUCCGCGUUCUUAUUCUCCAUAGAGACGGAGACCACCAUCGGCUACGGCUACAGGGUGAUCACCGACAAGUGCCCCGAGGGCAUUGUGCUGCUGCUGGUGCAGUCGGUGUUGGGCUCCAUUGUCAACGCCUUCAUGGUGGGCUGCAUGUUCGUGAAGAUCUCGCAGCCCAAGAAGCGCGCAGAGACUCUGGUGUUCUCCACCAACGCUGUCAUCUCCGUGCGUGACGGCCGGCUGUGUCUGAUGUUCCGUGUGGGAGACCUGCGGAACUCGCACAUCGUGGAGGCGUCCAUUAGAGCCAAACUGAUCAAGUCCAAACAGACCAAGGAGGGAGAGUUCAUCCCUCUCAAUCAGACGGACAUGAACGUGGGCUACGACACUGGAGACGACCGGCUCUUCCUGGUGUCUCCACUCAUCAUCUGCCAUGAGAUCAAUCAGCACAGCCCCUUCUGGGAGAUCUCCAAAGAGCACCUGGCCCACGAGGAGCUGGAGAUCGUGGUGAUCCUGGAGGGCAUGGUGGAGGCCACAGGAAUGACGUGUCAGGCGCGCAGCUCGUACGUGGCCAGCGAGAUCAAGUGGGGCUACCGCUUCACACCCGUCCUGACGCUGGAGGACGGCUUCUACGAGGUCGACUACAACAGCUUCCACGAGAUCUACGAGACCAACACCCCCAGCUGCAGCGCGCGAGAGCUGGCGGAGAUGGCGGCGCGCUCCCGUCUGCCGCUCAGCUGGUCGGUGGCCAGUAAACUGAGUCAGCUGGACUCGCAGGAGGAGAAGAGCGGCGGCGCUGAGAGGAACGGAGACGUGGCCAACAUGGAGAACGAGUCGAAAGUGUAGGAGGACACGGGAAUCUCUCCUCGCCUCUGUGCCGCCGGACGUUUGGCUGAGGUCAGAGGUCAGAGGUCAGCUCAGGAACGCGCCCCGAGGCGGGCCAAGGAUACGGACCCACCAUCUCACGCGCUUCUCUCUCUUUCUCGCCCCGCGGGACAGGCGAACUCGCGCGGGUGACUGCAUGGUUCCCGAAACCUUUUUUUCUUAAAGAUAAGAAAUGAUAUUUUCAGAUUUGUAAUUCAAAGAUUAAAACCUAUAUAUGUAUAUGAAUAUAUAUAGAUCUAUUCUAGGGCAUUUGCAUUUGUAUCUUUUGUAUAUAUCUGUUUGGUUGGAGAUGUGCGGUUGUUUGAUACGACACGUCUGCCUUCCGGAGGAGCGACGGACAUAUUUAUCCACGCAUGUGCGAACCGAUCCCUGACUCUGAUGUACAUAGUUUGUAGGGAAUAACAGCGGGAGAUCUCCAUACCGGAUGCAAACGGGAAAGGUGAUGGCGGUGCGGUCGCGUUGCAUGGGAUUGUGGGGCUGAUGAUGAUGAUGAUGAUGAAGUGUGUGUGUGUGUGUGCGAGUGUGUAAUCGUGCAUGUCUGCUCCAAUAACCUUCCGUACCGUCGUCAGGCCAUGAUCUUUCUCUCCCUUUGCUCUUCCUUUAAUUCAUACUCAUAACUGGAUUUGAACUUCAAACGGACCUGAUGCUGCAGAGCGCCUCCGAUUGCACCCGUUUCUGUUUCUGUUGGUUUGGUGGAACAGAAGCGGCAGACGUGAGUUUGACCACGAGAAGCAUCAGCGUUCACUCGCACACGAGACCAAAGAGCCGAACCCUCACGCCACCUUCUCGACGCCUCACGAUGAUCACUUACAGCACGCGACCGUGUCCCAGAUUCUUUUAACGCUAAUGAAAACGGAGAAACAAACCUAAACAUCAGUGACGACUGCUGAUAAAUGAUCAAUGACAUGAUCAAAGAAAAGUGCCAAUGCCAGAGAGAUAUUCAGUAUCUAGAUGUACCUGUCGCUCCUGCAGUGUUUUGACUAGGAAAUGACAUCAGUGAGAACAGCAGUCCGUCGUUUAAUGUGUGGCCGGCAUUAGACGCAAAACAUGUCUUUCCAAAAAACCUCGGAAAACAAAGAUACUGAACAGGAGUUUGAAUGUUGAGAGCGGCAGAGCGAUGCAGUGAUGAAUCUCUGUUUUGACUCUGACUCGCACAAAUUGAAUUACAAAUGCAAAAUCAGCAUUUUUAUUUUCUAAAUGAUCAUGUGACAGCAUUGAAUAUGGUGGAGUGAUGGACAUACAGGUGUGGUCAGCAGCCGUUGAAUCAAACGCUCCGUGUCGCUCUCCACGAUUACAGUCUGAACGUUCAUCUGUGGACCAGAAACUCAAUCACACACAAGCCCGUUUCUGACAAACAAUUCAUGCUUUUGUAAAUUAUAAUAAUGACAUAAAAAGUAGAAAUUAUGACACACACACAAAAAAAUGUAAUUAUGACAUGGUCGAAAAAGUAAUAAUUGACAAAAAGUAGGAAUUAUGACAUACACCAAGUCAUAGACAUAAAAAGUCGACAAAAUAUUGACAGUCAUAAUUAAUUAUUUCCCCACCAGCAGUUUUUUAAAAAGUUGCCAGCAUUUUUGAUAAUUUUCACAAAACUUUCACGUCCCCAGAAUAUUUUGUUGUAUGAAUAUCUGAACAAUAUAUCAAAAGAAAGAACAGAGCCUCUGCUUUUACACAUUUGAUUCUAGCUUCAUUCAUUUCUUUUUUUUAUCAACACUUGAAUAUGGGUUAGUUUAAAAAAAAAAAAGCAACAUUUUGAACAAAAAGCUGAGAAAAUCCCAUUUUGUCAAAGUCUUUAUCCGGACGGGAUUCACAGCGAUGAUCAAAACACAGAUGGAGUAGAUACAGUCCAUCAACACCUCAGAGCUUCACAGUCCUAUAGCUCGACAUUUCAUUCAGUAACGUUUUGAUUUAUAUAGUGUUUGAUGAUCUUAUUUUACAUGUGCAUCAGCAAUGCUUCCUUCGCUUGUUUCUGCUGCUUCUUCGCCUGUGUUUUGAUCCGGAGGUUCUGUACUCUUUCAAAAGGUGCGUAAUAGCGCCCCCUACUGUAUAACAGGGAAAACAAAUAUUGCCUGAUAAUUCUGUUAAUGGCGGGGAAAGAGUUAAGACUACAUCUUAACUUUGACUUUUUAAUCUCAUGACGUAUGAUAAUUAUUUCGACUUUUUAUCAUAAAUAUAACUUAGUAUGUCGUAUUUUUGAAUUUUUAUUCUCAUAAUUCUGAUAUACAGAAGCUGAUGUGUCAGAAAUGGGUUCGAUGACCAGCGUCAGUCAUGAGUGAGUUUCAGAGCUUUCAGACGACUAGCUCUCAGAGAACGUGUCCUCCAAUAAUCUGCAGUAAAGACCGGAUCAUUUCAGCGCUCGUACGUUUGAUGAAGUGCCCUUUAAAGCUCUGCUGAUAUGAAGCCAUUCAAACACGUCUCACUCAUAUCAGAUUCCAUUUCUGUUGAGUUCCAUCACUCGGGAAAUAUGAAAUCAGGAAUAUGAACGUGAACAUUUUAAUGUCUUCAGAUCCUCCUCUAAAGCUUAUUUCACAAGCCAUAUUAUGGUACAUUAUAGACAGUGUUUAUACAGAUUUAGCGCGCAUACGACAGGCGAUUCAUUCUGAUUUUCUUGUUGAUUUAGAUAAUUACUCUGUGUCACAAGAAGCUCAUAAAUAAACCAUAUCUAAAUAUUCA